AUGACGCAAGAGCGAAGACCGCAGUUCCUCCAGUCCUUCUCUUGCCCCACCUCCCCUCCAGACGGUAACAGUCACACUCGACAUGACCCGCGACAACCGUUCAAGCCUCCUCCAUCGCGCGCGCACGUCCCGCUCCCCUCAGUCGCGCAAGUCCUGCAAACUCUACCCGCGCUCUCGACACAAGACUACAAAGAGUACAAGCGUCUGCAGCGGGUCCAGAUCUUUCCCAUCUACUCGGCGCGAUCCGGGUUCCAAGUCCAGCUGCCUCGCUCGCCCCUCGAGCGGGCCCGGUUGAGCAAGUCUGUCAAGCUGCAGAACGGGGGCAAUGGGUAUAAUCGGGCGAUCAGAUGGGAAGAAAAGGGAAGAAAGCUGAGACCGCUGGAUUGGAGCUUAACGCAACAGGGGGAGGAGAAGUGGUCUGGAGACUGGAGCAUGCUGAAGGACAGGGGGAUGAAGCGCUGCGAGGAACGGGGACGUUCGUCAAGCCCGGAUACGGAGUGA